AUGAAAAUUGGAAAUUACGAGAAAGCAGUUGCUUAUGUGUUAUACUCGUUUCAGAAAAACACCGCAGCCUCCAUACUAUUAAGGUGCGCAAGAGCAUUGAAAAAUAAAGUCGAUAAAAAGAAGUAUUUAUAUUGUGGCAAUGUCGUGAAGGAAUUCAUAACAACAGAACAGACUUACUGUGAACAAUUGAGUGUUAUUGAAAACAUCAUUCGCCAACCACUUCUACAACUCCAACAACCUAUAUUAACUUACGACCAAAUACGACUCUUAUUUAGUUCUAUUACUGUUAUCUACGGCGUUAACAAAGCUUUAUUUAAUAACUUACAAGAGAAGCUCUCUGUGUAUACACAAAAUUCUCGAUUUGGAAAAACAAUAUUGACCUUCACACCAUACCUUAAGUUAUACAGCCAAUAUUGCCAAAUAUUUCCUCAAAUAUCGGACUUGACGGUGACACUAAAAGCUCCCCACCCGUUUUCUAUCUUCUUUAAAACUCAAAUGAAAAGCGCACCACAACACCUUCAACGAUUCGACUUGGGGUCUCUUUUGAUUACCCCAAUACAAAGACUCCCACGAUACAGACUCUUACUCAAAGACCUCUUGAAGCAUCUCUCUGAUAAGGACUUGGACUUCCCAGACGUAAAAAAGUCUCUCGAAGAAAUCGAGAAGGUGACACUGUUCGUUAACACACAAUCGAAGAAACAAGAAAACAACGAGAAGGUCGUCCAAUUACAAACAAAUGUUCGGUACCUUCCACCAACACUUCUUCUAUUGCAACCGGGUCGAGAGAUGGUCGACAGCACUACCGCUACUCUUACUGAAAAAAUGGUGAACUUGACAGAUAAUGGGCGAGUAGUGAAAACGAUGCAUUCAGAAGAGUUCAACGCCAUAUUAGAAAAAGGGGAAACUCUGAAUAAGAAUUUGACUGUGGAAGGGUUUGAAAGGAGUUCACAAGUCGAGGUGAUUCUUUUCACCGACAUGAUCCUCUUUUUAGAGCACUCUAAAAAUAUAUUUGGUGGGGAGGUUAUCACAUAUAAGCAGCAUUUCCUCAUCGAGAAAGCGAAGUUGUUUAUGGUAGGUAAGCAAAUUCACAUUGGAGAUAACAAUACGACGAUCAGAAUCGAAUUUGAAGACUCGGACAAGUGGUAUGACAAACUUAAAGGGGUGUUUUCAAGCUGCCAUACAACUAUGGAGAACCUUUUGAAGAGAAGAAGCGUCAUCCACCUCUAG